CUGAGAUCGGCAAAAGCAAAGACAGAGACCAGAAGAAUCACCUCUGAGCGCCUGAAAGCAGAAGAACGUGAAAGAAACAGAAAUGUCUGGAGCUGCCGUGUUCGUGGGCCUGCUUUUCCUCCUCUCCGUUUGUUCGGCCUGUUACAUCUCCAACUGCCCCAUCGGUGGGAAGAGGUCGAUCACGGAUGCACCCCUCCGCAAGUGCAUGUCUUGUGGUCCCGGAGACCGGGGCCGCUGCUUCGGCCCCAACAUCUGCUGCGGGGAGGGUCUCGGCUGCUUCAUGGGCUCCCCUGAGUCGUCUCACUGCGUGGAGGAGAACUAUCUGCUCACCCCCUGUCAGGCCGGAGGUAGACCCUGUGGUUCAGAGGGAGGACGCUGCGCCGCUUCAGGACUCUGCUGCGAUGCAGAGAGCUGCGCUGCAGAUCAGUCGUGCCUCCCCGACGAUGACGGAGAUGACCAGGCCAGCCAGUUCGAAGGGGGCGACCCCACCGACAUCAUCCUCAGGCUCCUGCAUCUGGCCAGCCACACUUCUCACCGAACCCACCAAUGAGCACCUCCCUCCCUCUCUGAAGGCCUCUCUGCAAGGACGAAAAACAAUGGGACUUGUAGUUCCUGCUGUAUAGUUGUGUUUCCACGUCUGUCCCCUCCUUUUGCUCUUUCUCUCGGAGUGCUUCAUUAGAGUGCCUUUGUCGAUAUAUUUUUUGAGUAUGAAAACAGGGAUGAACACAGACAGAUCAUCCGGAUUUCUGCAUGCUGAAAUAAAGUUUGGAGAGAGAAAAA